AUGUCAGACUUUGGACUUGAUAAUCAAACAGACCAUGAGUAUGCCAAUACCAAAGGAUGGAUUGUGUCGAUAGCGACAGCAGGGGCUGUCUUUGGUUGUUUCGGGUGUUUGCCUCUGAAUGAUAGAUUUGGUCGCCGAUUCACUCUUCGAGUGGCGACCGUGGUCUAUAUCGCAGGAGUUCUAGGCCAAGGUCUUUGCGGUGGAAAUAUCUCCGGUCUUUAUGCAUCCAGGUUCAUCUCUGGUAUCGGCAUCGGUGCAACCACUGUCAUCCCGUCCGUAUACAUUUCAGAGAUUUCCCCCAAAGCCAUCCGUGGUCUUUUGACUUUGCAAUAUGCGGCGUGUCAGCAACUAGGCGUUGUUUUUGGCUUCUUCAUCAAUUAUGGCGUCACGAAAUCCUAUGCUGGAACUGAGACACAAUGGAUGCUCCCCACGCUUCUUCAGCUUUUACCGGCAGCUCUAUGGGGUUUGGGGACUUUCCUGUGUCCCGAAUCACCACGCUGGCUUUUGUACGUUGGUCAGCGGGAAAAGGCAUUGACAACGCUGUCAAGACUUCGCCAUGCGCCCUUGGAAGACCCCACCCUCCAGGCAGAGAUUGCAGGUAUGGAUGCAAGGAUCCUUCAUGAAAGCGAAGCGACCGGCAGUGUAGAAAUUUGGGAGCUUGCAAAGGAAACCUUUGUCCCAGUGGAGAAUCGGCGCCGGUUCUUCUUGAUAUUCAUGGCCACCCUUUUCUCGCAAUGGUCCGGGGCCAAUGCAAUCACACAGUAUUCUCCAACGAUCUUUGGAUAUCUGGGCAUUGAUGGAGACGAGGCUAAGUUCCUAGCCACCGGCAUCUAUGCUGUUGUGAAGUUUGUCAGCACGUUGGCAUUUGCUUUGUUCAUUGUUGACUUCAUUGGUCGAAGGCGUUCCCUGAUGACAGGCAUCACGCUUCAGCUGGUGACCUUGAUUUAUAUCGGUGGUUAUUUGGGAGGAACCAGCUCCAUGAGUCCAGAACACAUAAGCGAUACUCCCGGUGUGUCUCGGGCAUCAACAACAGCCAUCGUGGCGAUUUACUUCCAUGCGGUGGCAUGGAGUAUCGGGUGGUUCAGUAUUCCAUAUCUCGUUGGAUCUGAAAUCUUUCCCACCAAAAUUCGCUCCUUCAACAUGUCCAUCGCUAUGGGCUUCCACUGGGCCUUUUAUUUUGGAUGCUCCCGGGCUAUGCCGAGUCUGCUGUCUGCGACGCAAAAAUGGGGCGCAUUUGUAUUCUUCGGCUGCAUCUGUCUGACUUCUCUUGUUUAUGUGUUCUUUGCCAUGCCGGUGAGUUAUAUUGCAAUAUGCGGCGACCGGAUUACUGACGUUUGUGUAGGACACAACGGGAAGAUCCUUAGAGGCAUUGGAUAG